AUGACACGUUCCCAAUCUUCGCUGUGGACUAUCCAACUAUUUUUGCUCCUAACGGCUGCUCUUGCAUCUGGUCAGAAUUAUUGUGACCCGGCCCUAUGUCCGAAUGGCCGACAUGUGGCCUGUCAGAGCAGCGGACGCUUCGUGAGCGGUUGCAGCGGGGAGUUUGUUGCAGUGGAUCCCCAAAUCCCGCUGAUCCUGCAGCUGCACAACGAGCGCCGCAACCUGAUGGCAGGCGGCGGAGUGAGUGGCUUCCCCAGCGCAGGGCACAUGGGCACCAUGGCCUGGGAUGCGUCUCUGGCCCAACUGGCCGCCUACAAUGCGCUGCAGUGCCGCAUGGCCCACGACGAGUGCAGGAACACCAACACAUAUCGCUAUGCGGGCCAGAACCUCAGCAUUCUCUUCACCCGGAACGUGGAGGUGGCAGUCUUUCUGCGCCAAAGAAUUGCAGCCUGGUUCGAUGAGAAUCGCGAUGCCACGAGUGCGGAUAUGGAGAAUUACCAGAUGCGGGGUGGACCGGCAAUCGGACAUUUUACCACCAUGGUGAACGAACGCAAUAAUAGAGUGGGCUGUGCCAUCGCGCGUUUUACAGACUCCAAUGGGGUACAGGCCACCCUGCUGGCCUGCAACUAUGCGGUGACGAAUGUCCUGAACAACCCAGUCUAUAGGGCGGGUCCUGCCGCCUCAGAGUGUACAACAGGUCGGAACUCCAACUAUCCCAAUCUCUGCUCCCCGAACGAGGUCUACAACUACAACCAGUGGUCGGGAUGA